AUGUACCCGAACCCGGGGCCCAUCAGGCGGCCCGCAAUGCUUGUCGAUGUUACCGUGUUGGUUGAGCUGGUGGCAGCGUACCUGUUUGCGCUUUUGGCGGGUGUGUCAUCUGAUGCUGCAGGCAUCGCCGCAGCGUUCGCCGCCACCAUGUUCUUCGCGGCCUUUGCGAGUGGGGCGCACAUCAACCCCUCCGUGUCCAUUGCAAGCGCCCUGAGCGGCCACCUGUACUGGGCCCGCGCGCUGCUGUACAUCGUCGCACAGGUGCUCGGGUCUCUGGCCGGCACUGCCACUCUGCUGGGGCUUGUCCCUGGCCUGCAUGCCGGCGACGCGGGUUACAUCGCCUGCCAUGGCCCGUCAGGCGACCUGAGUGGCACUGGACUCUACGUCUGGGAGGCGCUCCUCACCUUCGUCUUUGUCUUCGUGCUGUACGGCGCCGUCCUGCACCCUCCAACCUACGGGCCAAUCGCUCCCUUGGCGGCUGGUUUGGCGCUUUGGGCAUGCCUCACCACAGGUGGAGUCUUCACUGGCACUUCACCCCUCAACCCUGCCAUCACCUUCGCGUCAUCGCUGGUCUUCAACUGCUACUGGCGCUACAGCUGGAUGUACUGGCUGGCGCAACUGACCGGCGCAGGUGUUGCAGCCGCCCUGGCCAUCUUCGUCUUUGGCAAGGGCCCUUGGCUGAUGGACGAGGGGCAGCGCCAAGAGUACUUCUCUGGUGCUUAUGGGCGCCAGAGCGUCGGCUACCAGCCUUUGAUGAGCGGCGAGCAGCGCACUGCAGGGGCACCUCAGGGAUCCGGCAUGGGCGGCAUGGCAUGA